AUGAAUAAGUUCCUUGUUCGUGGCCUUGGCUUUUACAACGAUGCCUACGAUCUCUUUGUCAUGAACGUCGUGAAUGUUGUGCUUGCGGAGCAAUACGGCCAUGAUACAUACUCAUCCUCGAUGAAAUCUUGGGUCUCGGCUGCUGCUAUUAUUGGCGCUGUAGUUGGCCAGCUGGGGUUUGGCUUUUUGGGUGACGUCUUCGGUCGUAAGGUGAACAUGAUCUUUACCUGUUGCUUAUUGAUCGUUGGUGGCAUUCUUUGCGCUGCGGCUUACGCAGGCGAUGGCCGUGCCACGGUUUGGUUUCUCGUCAUUGCUCGCUUGAUCCUUGGCGUCGGUAUUGGUGGUGAAUAUCCACUUGCUGCCAGUACGACCGCCGAGGAUUCAACAAACUCUGCUGAACGUAAUACGGCCGUGGCCAAAACAUUCUCGCUGCAGGGUGUUGGUCAAGUGACAGCCGCUAUCUUGGGCAACCUCCUUGUACAGGCAUUAGCCGACGGUAAGCCUGGUGAGAACAGCGACUCACGACUAGAAGCUAUAUGGCGUCUACUCUUUGCCAUUGGUGUCGUCCCGGCCCUCGUGGUGUGCUACUUCCGUUUCACUGCUGAAGAGACUGAGGCGUACAAGAAUAAGCAACAGCGCGACCAAUUGGCUCAGUACCCGAUGCAGCAGCAAGCUCGUGUCAGCUUCAUCUUCCGUAAUUACGGUGUGAGUUUAUUGGGCACAGCUGGAACGUGGUUUCUCUUUGAUAUCGUGUACUACUCGCAGAAUUUGUUCUCAGCCAGUAUCUUGACUGUAGUGGGUGUGAGUCAUCCAUCCUUGCAGCAGGUGACAACGGAAGUUGCGUUUGUAUCUCUCAUGGCUCUUCCCGGUUACUUUGUGGGAGUAUACGCUAUCAAUCGUCUUGGACGCAAGAAGAUGCAACUUCAGGGCUUCUUUUUCAUGACAGUGCUGUGUUUAAUUAUUGCCAUCUUCUGGGAAGACCUCAAGAACCAAUUGACCGUCUUCAUCAUUCUGUACGGUCUCACUCUAUUCUUCUCUAACUUUGGUCCCAAUAUGUCCACGUUCGUACUGCCGACGGAAAUGUAUCCGACUCCCAUUCGAUCGACAUGCCACGGUUUCUCCGCUGCUGCAGGCAAGGCCGGUGCUGCCAUCGGUUCCUUUGGCUUCUCAAUAUGGGUGGAUAAUCCCAAUUUUGGCUACGCGGGUGCUUUCUACACGUUUGCUGUGAUCUCUGCUAUUUCAAUUCCUUUGACAUGGUUUUGCAUUUUUGACAACACUAAAGGCAUUGAAGAAAUGGACGCCGAGUUUUAUCGUCGCCUUAAUGGUGAGGAAGAUUUUACGCGAGAGUCUUUUAAUUCAUUGUCAAAGGUUGGUGGUGAUGCUACAACACCUAAUGUCUACAACCAGAUCAUGUCACCCGGUGUUGACAUGAUGCAAACGCGCAAAGGUGGAGAAAAGUAG